AUGAACGGGUACGGUAUAAAGGAGACCGGCGAGUUCUAUCCGGUUCGUUUGCAAUUCGAUGGUCAGUGGGUCAUGAGCGGAAAAAAAUGGAAAAGAAAGGAGUGUAGGUCACAGAUUGUGCGGAAGUGGCCGUUUUUCGAACGUCUACAACGGUCAGAUGAUCGCUCCGAUUCGACGAGAAGUGGCCGUGAAGAAUGUGUGGUCGGACAGUAAGGAGUUUGCCAACGUGGCAACAAUCACAGAUCAAGCGGAGAUUCAAAUUCUCGCGAAACUCUUUCAUCCGGCCAUCUCGAACCUCCUCUUUUUCUACGGAAGAAAAGCUAAUGAUAAAGUUGGUCGUCUAGAGGGAAACUGGUGUAUCUGACACGGAAAACAAUUUAGAUUAUCCACUGUUUGGUGCUCGAUUAUUUGCCGCAAGAGAUGGCGAAACUGCGUGAUCAGGGCUUUAAAUUCGACACUUUGGACGCCAAAAUCUACACAUUUCAACUAUUCUGUGCAAUUGCUCAUUUGGCAGCCAAAAACAUUGUGCACAUGGACGUGAAGCCGCAGAAUGUAAUUAUGAAUCAAAAUGUUAGCAAAUUCAAAUUGUUUGAAGACCACAAAAUUUUUUCAGUCCGGAUUGUUGAAAUUGGCAGAUUUUGGAAAUGCGCGACGAUUGGAGAGUCACGAGAAAACUGGGAGUUCGUAUCAGGUGAACAUUUGACGGGGAAACACGAAAUUCGGACGAUUUUCGUUGCAGGUGACCCGAUUUUAUCGACCACCGGAGCUGCUGUUCGGCUGCGAACGGUUUUCAUCGGCGAUCGGUACUUUUAUAGCGAAUUUUGCAAUAAAAAUCGAACGUUGCAGAUACCUGGUCGGCCACGUGCGUUGCUUUCGAGCUUUCGGAAAUCGGGUGCUUUUUAGAGGAAAAGACACCAAAGAUCAGGUUUGUUUCUAGAAGAAUACACGCAUUUUUGAGAAAUUUAACAGAUUGUGCUGAUAACUGGCGUGUUUGGGUAUCCGACAGACGAGGAUAUCAAGAGUAUUGGAGUGAGAAGACCGAGAGUGACCAGAAAAGAGGCGAGGGGCAUUGAGACGGUAAUUUCGAGUGAUUUUAGAUGAAAGAAAACUAGAAGACAUGUUGUACAACGUCUCCGAUGACAGAAAAUAGUAGGACAGUGUGAAAACUUUUUGAAGUUUUUCGAAAACGAUGAUUUGUCUUCUGUCCAAUAGAAGUACACAGCGAUAUUUCUAGGUCACGGCCCCCCUGCUUACCGUACUUUUUUUUCAGUUCACGAGCAAAAUGCUCGACGCAGACGUGUACGAUCUACUCAAAAGCACUCUAAAACUUGAUCCGAAAAAGCGAAAAUCGGCGGCCGAAGUGCUCAAGAUGUCAGUUUUCGACGCGAUUCGGGCGGUGCCGCGGAAAAGACGUUCGAAUGGAGCAGAAUUGCCGACGCUCGCGAAUUACACGGAAAUGCAUCCGAAACGGGAGUUGAUGAACGAGGAAACGAAAGAAUUCGAAGAGAAGAAAGUGGAGAAGAAGAAAGAACAGGAGAAAAAGAAAGAGAAGCAGUCGUCGUCGUCGAAUUCAGAAGAAGAGGAGGUCAAGCAGAACGAGUGA